CCUCAAUAUAGUUAUAGAGUUUACCGUUUGAAACAUUUCUGAAAUAAUUAGUGUUCUAGAUUGAUUUGGUCCUUAAUCUUGCGAAAAUAUCACUCUCGUUUUAACCAAGAGCUGUUAUUUGGAAAAACAAAUUGAAUAAAUUUUAUUGAGCUAAGCAGUAGUGAUAUACUUCUAGUCACUUUAAUAAAGAUUUCGGAUUAAUAUAAAGUGAAUAACUAGUUGAUACGGUAUUGUAAGAUCGCAUCCAUUGAAAAAGUACUCGACAAGUCAAUUUCAGAUUAGCGUGAGUGUAUAACGUAUUACACGGUAUAUAUCAUAUUGGCGAUUUCAUUAAUUUCAUUUCAGUGUCUGAGGAGGAUAUAGCAAGUUGAUUCCAAAGGAAAUGGCACCAUGGCUUCUUCUCUCGUUAUUCCUCGUUCCUUUUGUGUUUCUUUUUCAUCUUCAAAAAACUCAAAAGGCCAAGAAGAAGACUCAUCGUCCACCUGGCCCUCAGGGUUUACCUUUAAUCGGAAACUUGCAUCAAUUUGAAAGUGAAAAGCCUCAUGAGUACCUAAGAAAUCUUGCCAACAAAUACGGUCCAAUCUUCUCAUUGAAUCUUGGAUCGGUUCCAUUGGUUGUAAUAUCUUCUGCAAAGUUAGCUAGGGAAGCCCUAAAAACCCACGACCUUACAUUUGCCGGCCGGCCGAACCGUGUCGCCGACCGGAAAUUAUCUUACAAUGGUUCAGAUAUUGUUUUCGCUUCCUACAGCAAUCAUUGGAGGGAGAUGAAAAAAAUCACCUUUGUUCAUCUCUUCACGGCGAAAAGGGUGAAAUCAUUUCGCCCGAUUCUUGAAGAUGAAGUUUCCCUCUUGAUAAACGAGAUUUCCCAUCUUUCUUCUUCUUCUUCUUCUUCUUCUUCUUCUUCUUCUUCUUCUUCUUCUUCUUCUUCUUCUUCAUCCUCCUCUAGUGAGAAAGUUAUUGACCUCAGUUCACUCGUGACGAACAAAACGAGCACUUUAAUAUGUCGAAUCGCUUUUGGGAAGAAGUACGCGAAAGAAGAUCCCCGGAGAGAAAGAUUUAAUGAGAUGAUACGUGAAUCCCACGCUAGAGGCACAGCGUUUUAUGCCUCCGAUUAUUUUCCUUCAUUAGGUUGGAUUGAUAAGGUUUCGGGGGCAUUAGCUCGGCUUGAUAGUUGUUUUCAAGACAUGGAUUCGUUCUACCAAGAACUUAUUGAUGAACACUUGAAUCCAAAUAGGCCGGAAUCUAUGAAGGAUGACAUUAUUGAUCUGUUGAUUCAGAUUAAGGAAGAACAAUCUUCUUCUUUCCAGCUCACUUGGGAUCACAUCAAGGCCGUUCUCAUGAAUAUAUUUGUAGCUGCCACAGACACAAGUGCGGCCGUAGUCAUAUGGGGCAUGACCAAAUUAAUGCAAACCCCCUCAGCUUUGAAGAGAGUGCAAGCUGAAGUUAGAGAUGCAUUUGGAGAGAAUAAAGCAAUUGGGGACGAAGAUGUACUUCAAAAACUUGUUUAUUUGGAUGCAGUAAUCAAAGAAACUUUGAGAUUAUAUCCUCCGGUACCGAUUCUUCUACCAAGAGAAAGUACAGGAGAUUGCACUAUGGAAGGAUAUGACAUUAGAGCAGGAACUAUGAUUUUCAUCAAUGCAUGGGCUAUUUCUAGAGAUCCGGAAAGUUGGCAAAAUCCUGAUGAUUUUGUUCCUGAGAGAUUUUUGAAUAGUAGCAUCGACAUUAAAGGAAAUGAUUUUGAAUUACUUCCGUUUGGAGCAGGAAGAAGAGGCUGUCCUGGAAUUUUGAUGGGGCUGUCAAAUGUGAAGUUUUUACUUGCCAAUCUUCUUUAUUCUUUCGAUUGGGAACUCCCUUUUGGAAUGAAAUUAGAGGACAUAGAUACUAGCAUACUGCCAGGGCUAGUUAUCCAUAAGAAAAUUCCUCUUUGCCUUGUGGCAAAGAAAUAUACUUAACUCAAUUUCUAGUGAUUGUCACUUCCAAUAGUGAACCUAAUUGUCGCUAUAUCUUUUCAACUUUCUCGUACAGUUAGAAAAUAAACCUUGUAUGAUUGUAUACAAUAUUCCAUCUGUUCCAAAAAAUAGUCUAUCUGUUAAGUAGCAUGUAAGUUCUUCUCAAAAUAAUAUAAUUUACUAAUUAUAAUUUGAGUUAUUAUAUUU